GCAACGUAAUUCCGUUUGCUUUAAAUUUCAAUUGUCAAAAUUUUUACUUUUCAUUUGGCAUAUUAAAAAAAUUGUUUACACCAUAGUAAAUGUUUUCUCCCCAAUUCACAGUCAUAAUCAUUGGUAACCAUGGUACUAUGACAAAAUCUCGUUGGAUUAAUUCUCCAGUAGAGAAUCGAGAACCCUAUUUGAUUAUUUUAACAGCUGAAUGUAGCAAUCACUUACUAAUCAAGGAAUAUAUACGAAUUGUGGAUUGUUUUGAUUAGAAAGCUAGUUUUUGUAAGUGAAAUAUUGUGACCAGGAUUUGCAGGAUUCGCAGAAUCUCUUGAAAUAUGACGGAUGAAGUAAAGAAAUAUUUCAAUGGUCUACUGCAUAAGGUCAAUGGUCUCUAUAUAAUACAAGUUACAGACAGAGAUGGAGUACCACUGUUACGAGUAAGUCAGGAUAAGAAUGUUGACUUCGCGCUAAUGCCUUCCUUCAUACCCACUUUUGCAACAGCCAGUGAACAAGCAGGAAAAUUGGGCUUGGGGCGUAACAAAGUAAUUAUAUCGAUGUAUUCAAAUUAUCAGGUAGUGCAAAUGAACAAAUUGCCACUGAUUCUUACUUUUGUUGGUGGUGAGCACUGCAAUACUGGCCAUAUAUUAGCUCUAGAACACCAAUUAGAUGCACACUUAGAGGAUAUUAAAUUGGCCGUAAAUGAAGCGUAAUCGUAUUUGAUGUUUUUCACUUUUCUAAAAGCAUAUAUGUACAUACAUACAUUCGAUACCUUAUGAUAUAUAUUUUUCAAUCUGUGCAGGUUUACUCUUGAUAUACUUCAGAUUUCUUGAAUGAUUUUUUUUUUUAAAUAAAAGUCAAACUAGAUUUGAUGUAUUUUUCUUAUAAUAAUCAUGUAAUAUUAUAGUUAUGUGAAUAGGCGAUCGGAAGUAUUUACUUUAUUUCAAUUAGGAAAUUAUUACAUUUUAUAUGAUGUUGGUCAAUAUAUCAGUUAAAUAUAAGUGAAUAAUAUUUACUAUUUAAACUUACGUAUAUACUAUAAAAAGUGUACAAAUAAAUUUCCUGCACGUAUGAUUUACAAUCAAA